AUGGCUCAGGAGGGCCUGUUCAAUGUGGGAUUUCUGACCUUCCCCGGCCGCUGUGUCGGUGAGGACAUCGUCAGCUGGAACAAGAUAAUAGGAAUUAUGGGAGCAUUACAUUCAAUGGCAGGUGGACCCGCGUAUCUUGAUCUAUCAGAAAAGACAGGAUUUUCCCUUGAACAGAUCGGUAUCCUACACAAACGAUUCAAGCAGCUGAGCCACAACGAAGAGACUCUGCUGAGAGAGGAUUUCAACACAAUUCCAGAUCUGGCAUGCAACCCCAUCCGUACCCAAAUCAUAGAGGCCUUCUUUGACAGAAGAAACUUUCAACAGAACGCAGAGGGGACUGUCCAGGAGAUUGGCUUUGAGGAGUUCCUGGUGGUCAUGUCCUAUUUCAGACCCCCGUCACAGCAUAUGACAGAGGAACAGCGAGAGAAUGUCAGAAAGGAGAAAUUGAGAUUCCUAUUCAACAUGCAUGACACAGAUAAUGAUGGAACAAUAACCUUGGAGGAAUAUAGACAUGUGGUAGAAGAAUUAUUGUCUCACAGUGGGGCACUAGGAAAAGAAACAGCUAAAGGCAUUGCUGAUGCAGCCAUGUUGGAGGUGGCCAGUAUUUCAAUGGGUCACAUGGAACCUGAUGAAAUUUAUGAAGGAAUCACAUUUGAUCAUUUCCUUAAGUUACUUGAGGAGUUUGAGAUUGAAUCAAGAAUGAACAUUCGCUUUUUGAAUAUGGACACGACAAACCUGUGCAAGUGA